AUGUUUACCAUUAUCGCCGUAAUCGUAGUCAGCACGCUAGUCGCACUACUCACCUACGUCUAUGCCAAUUAUGGACGUCGAUACUCAUUAGGCCGCCGAUUUCGCGGACCACCAGCGCUGCCCAUCAUUGGCAAUGCGCUACUCUUCCUAGACAUCCAGCCAGACGAAUUUAUCAGCCGCCUCCUGGCGAUGAUCAAAGAAUAUGGAAAAACAUUUCGCCUUUGGUUGGGCCUCGAUCUCAAUAUUAUGAUGCACGAUUUCCGCGAUAUUGAAAUUUUGCUCAGCUCCCCAAAGUUUACCACAAAAUCAGAUCAAUAUCGCUUCUUGAAAGACUGGCUGCGUGAUGGUCUGCUACUGUCGAAUGGACGCAAAUACCAACAACGACGAAAGCUGGUAACACCUGCAUUCCACUUCAAGAUGAUGGAAGGUUUUUUGAACUGCUUUCACGAGCAUUCCGGGGUGUUGGUGAAGCAAAUGAGAAAGAUAUGUGCUGAAAGGCGGUCGUUUGAGCUGCUGCAUACGGUGGGUCUCUGCAUGUUGGAUACAAUUUGUGACACAGCAAUGGGUGUGCAUACGCAAGCGCAACGCAAUGAAGACUCGGAAUAUGUAAGAGCACUGAGAAG